ACACGAGAAGUAAAUAAUCCCCAGGUCCCAACCUCGGACGCUUUGCAAAUCGUUUGCCGUAGGGUUGAAGCAGCAGCAGAUACACGCCACCUCUCUCUCUCUCUCAUCGCAGCUCUUGAUACAAAAGAGACAAACCCCAACUCCGCGAGACUUCUCUGUCUCUGUCUCUCUCGCCGUGAAACAAUGGGUGCCUCUCUGCCUCCCAAAGAGGCUAACCUCUUCAAGCUCAUUGUUAAAUCGUAUGAAACUAAACAGUAUAAGAAGGGGCUGAAGGCAGCAGAUUCCAUAUUGAAAAAGUUUCCAGACCAUGGAGAAACUUUAGCAAUGAAAGGUCUAACAUUAAAUUGCAUGGACCGUAAAUCUGAAGCAUAUGAGCUAGUUCGGCAAGGACUGAAGAAUGACCUCAAAAGUCAUGUUUGUUGGCAUGUUUAUGGCCUCCUUUAUCGGUCAGACAGAGAAUACAGGGAGGCAAUUAAAUGCUACCGAAAUGCCCUGAGGAUUGAUCCUGAUAACAUUGAGAUACUAAGGGACCUGUCACUCUUACAGGCACAAAUGCGGGAUUUGACUGGUUUUGUUGAGACAAGACAACAGCUUCUGUCUCUUAAACCAAACCAUCGCAUGAAUUGGAUUGGCUUUGCUGUUGCCCAUCAUUUAAACUCAAACGCAUCAAAAGCAGUUGAAAUUCUGGAAGCAUAUGAAGGGACACUAGAAGAUGAUCAUCCUCCAGAUAAUGAACGUUGGGAGCAUGGGGAAAUGCUCUUGUACAAGAUUUCUUUGUUAGAGGAAUGUGGAUUUCUUGAGAGAGCUCUUGCGGAAUUGCACAAGAAAGAGCCAAAAAUUGUUGACAAAUUGGAUUGUAAAGAGCAAGAGGUUUCUCUUCUUUUGAAGCUUGGUCGCCUAGAAGAAGGGGAAAAAUUGCUCCGAGCAUUACUUUUCAUGAAUCCUGACAAUUACAGAUAUUAUGAAGGCCUGCAAAAGUGUGUUGGGCUAUAUUCAGAAAAUUUGCAUUUUUCUCCUGAUGAAAUUGAUCGGUUAUAUGCCUUGUACAAAUCGCUUGGGCAGCAAUACCAGUGGUCAUCCGCCGUUAAGAGAAUACCACUUGAUUUUCUGCAAGGCGACAGGUUUCAAGAAGCAGCAGAAAAUUAUAUUAGGCCUCUUGUAAUCAAGGGAGUUCCAUCAUUGUUCUCCGAUCUCUCUCCCUUGUACGAUCACCCUUGCAAGGUGGAUAUUCUGGAGCAACUUAUGCUCAAGUUGGAGCAUUCAAUAAGGACAACUAGCCAAUACCCUGGAAGGGCAGAAAAAGAACCCCCUUCAACACUUAUGUGGUCAUUAUUUCUGCUGGCUCAGCACUAUGACAGACGAGGCCAAUAUGACAUUGCUCUUUCUAAAAUUAACGAGGCUAUAGAACACACUCCCACUGUAAUUGAUCUGUACUCUGCCAAGAGUCGAAUACUGAAGCAUGCGGGUGACUUGGCAGCUGCUGCUGCAUUGGCAGAUGAAGCUAGGUGUAUGGAUCUUGCUGAUCGUUACAUAAAUAGUGACUGUGUUAAGCGUAUGCUGCAGGCUGAUCAGGUGGCUUUGGCAGAAAAAACUGCUGUAUUGUUCACAAAAGAUGGAGAUCAGCACAACAACCUUCAUGACAUGCAGUGCAUGUGGUAUGAACUUGCUUCUGGUGAAAGUUACUUCCGUCAGGGUGAUCUUGGACGGGCCCUGAAGAAGUUUUUAGCUGUUGAGAAGCACUAUGCCGAUAUUACUGAAGACCAAUUUGACUUCCAUUCUUAUUGCUUAAGGAAAAUGACUUUGCGUGCUUAUGUGGAAAUGCUUAGAUUUCAGGAUAGUUUGCAUUCACAUGCAUAUUUUCACAAAGCAGCAGCUGGGGCUAUCAGGUGCUAUCUAAAGCUGUAUGACUCUCCUCCAAAGUCAACAGCUGAAGAAGAUGAUGAUAUGUCAAAGUUGCUUCCUUCUCAGAAAAAGAAAAUGAGGCAAAAACAGAGAAAGGCAGAAGCACGUGCUAAGAAAGAGGCAGAAGAAAAACACGAAGAAUCAAGUGCUGCUGGUGCUUCUAAGUCUGGAAAGCGACACGUCAAACCUGUAGAUCCAGAUCCGCAUGGGGAAAAGUUGUUGAAGAUUGAAGAUCCGUUGCUGGAAGCUACAAAGUACUUAAAAUUGCUUCAGAAGAACUCGCCCGAUUCCUUGGAGACACACCUGCUUUCUUUUGAGUUAAAUAUGAGAAAGCAGAAGAUUUUGCUUGCCUUUCAGGCUGUAAAGCAGCUGCUGAGGUUGGAUGCCGAACACCCAGAUUCACAUCGCUGCUUGAUUAAAUUCUUCCAUAAAGCGAGGUCAAUGGCUACGCCUAUGACAGAUACUGAGAAACUUGUAUGGAGUGUCUUGGAAGCAGAGCGUCCAACGAUCAGUCAAUUGCAUGAGAAAUCUCUAACAGAGGGAAACGAGAUUUUCCUGGAAAGAUUUAAAGAUUCUUUGUUGCAUAGAGCUGCAGUUGCAGAAAUGUUUUAUGUUUUGGAACCUGACAGAAAAUUGGAGGCUAUCAGAUUAAUUGAAGAGUCAACCAACAACAUGGUGCCCAAAAAGGGGGCACUUGGACCGGUCAGGGGAUGGAAACUCAAAGACUGUAUCGAAGUCCACAAACUCCUAGGCACAGUACUUGAUGACAAUGAAGCCUCAUUGAGAUGGAAGGUGCGGUGUGCUGAGUGCUUCCCUUACUCUACAUACUUUGAGGGUAGCUGCAGCUCUGCCGUUCCAAAUUCAGCAUACAACCAGAUACGUAAAAGCUCUGAAAAUGGGAGUGCAAACCAUUUAGAAGGUGGUGAAACUGCAGAUUCUCUUGCAUCCAAUGGAAGACUAGAGGCAUUUAAGGACCUUACCAUCUGUCCAUGAUGUUGAAUGUGCAAGUCUGCCAAUGUAUUUGCGAGUUACCAUGUUUCAAUACUAAAUCACAGAACCAAGCUGAGACUGAGAAGUUGGGCGAUAGGAGAGAAGGUUGCAGCACAUUGAAAACUUGGAGUUUCUGUGCAGGUUAUGGUGAUCAGAAUAACUGUUUCUUUGAGAUAGAAUUUCUCUUUCACCAGUCAUACCUCCCCAAUUCUGAGAUGCAUUCUAUUUGCAAAUGUGUAUAAUUUUACUUUCAUUGUGUUUUAGGGUUUUUUUAUUUGCUUGCUCAUGAGGUUCUAGACAAAGGUGCUCCCGCGGUUUGAAUCAUUCUAUGAGGUCAUUUCUCAUCUUUUUGGGUACGGGGUAGAGCUGAAGAGUAUUCUUUUCCUUUUUCGAGUACCUUGUCCUACGUGCAUCAUGGUUGCCGGGCGGCCUUGUACUUUGCCCAUUUUAUUGGCUUAUUUACCAUGUAUAAACAUUAAAUUAUGUGAAAAUUUUGCUGUGGAAUUCGUAAAGGACGCGUUACUCAGUGAACAGCUUUAGUUUUAUGCUAUGUAUGGAGAUUAAUAAAACCAAUAUGUGUUGCUAUA